AAGCAGCAUUCUCAUGCAAUUUAGCAACCAGUACCAAUGAGAUAUCGCAAUUACUAGAACAAUUUUGGAAAACCGAAGAGCUUGCCAUCCAGGCUCAAUUGUCACUGGAAGAGAACAUGUGUGAAUCGCAUUUCAAGGAUACGACUAAACGAGACAAGGUCGGUAGAUUCAUCGUGUCUAUACCAUUCCAAACAACGGCGGGAAGCUUAGGCGAGUCAAGAGAGAUGGCCGAGCGACGCUUGAAAUCGCUGGAGAGGAGGUUGCAAGCAGACAAGAAGAUGCGCGACGAAUACGUAGCGUUUCUGCGAAAGUAUCGAGAUUUAGGGCACAUGACGAAAAUUAUUGAUAACGGUCUUACAUCCCAAGCGUACUAUCUACCCCAUCAUGGGGUAUGGAAGGAGAACAGCCUCACGACUAAGUUGCGCGUUGUUUUCGACGCCUCUGCUCCGACUUCAACAGGAGUAUCGAUUAACGAUUUACAAAUGAUCGGACCCACCAUCCAACGGGAUCUUAUGUCCAUCCUCCUGUAG